GUAUUUUAAAGUAAAAAUACAAUAUGAUAAGAAUCCAAAUGCUUAUUUAAAACCCACGGAAAUACUCGAACAUUAUCCAAGAUGUCAGCGCCCUUAUUAUGUGACGCGGCUCUCUGGGAUUACCCCUGCAUGUGAAAAAGCGUCUCACAUAGUUAACAAAAAUUAACAACAUGGCUUCCAUAAUGGGAGUAGUGCUGACAGUAAGGACCAGAUGUAGGAUGCUGUCUACUUAUAUCAGAGUGCCCUCUAUAAUACAUGUUCACGGUGAGAGGAAGGGCGCACCACAGCAGAAAGAAAAGCAGUUGAUGAGAUCAUCUUCUUGGUGGAAAUUAAUCAGAUCUUCACACAGAAAGUCGCAUUCAUCUUUUGGUAAGGCACCUCAGUGUUUACCCUUUGUAGACUGCCAGCAAAGACUCUUACAUACAAGCCUGAUUUUCAGGGAUUCUCAAAACAAAAACCAAAGUGAGAGAGAUGAAACUGAACAAAAGAGGACUUUUCCAAAGAAAAGACCAGAAAAGGUAAAAUUGCCACCCAGAAUCGUUCUGAAGGCAGAUAAAAAUAUCCAACUGUGUGACAAAGAGGGUCAGCUUAUAAAAGAAAUAGCUUUUAAGCAUGCCCAACGAGAAGCAGCUGAGCAGGGAUUGCGUCUUGUUCAGUACGUGGACAAAAAUGAUGUAAAGAAUAAGGCAAAGUAUGUCAUGGUAACACCAGAGGAGGCUCAAGGAUGGUGGAAAGUCAAGAAAGAAAUCCAAACUGAACUCCAACAAGAUAUAACCAAGAUAAAACAGAUCCGUAUGAAGGGCAACAUUGAGAAGAAAGAUUUAGACUCAAAGAUGGAACACAUAAUCAAAUUUUUACAGAAAGGGAUGGAGGUGGAAGUGUCCAUUAAUAUUAACAAGAAAUCAAACCAGUCAAACUUGACAAGAUUAGCAGAAACUAUCAUGGCUGCUGCAAAAGGGAUUGCAAAGAUUGAAAAACAAGAAGGGGAGAGAAAUGUAAAGCUAAUCUUGAAACCACUGGAAAAAUUGGAUACCUAGGACUUUAAGAAUUGCUCUUAUAUUUGCAAGGAUUUUGUAUUUUGAAGGUUUUAUAUCAGAAUAUCUCAUUUAAAAGAAUUAUUGAAUUGACCUGCUACAUUUGAAAUUGAUUAAUGUACUGUUUUGUACACAUUUCUUUAAAAAAUGGUUUUUGUUUCUCUUACUUAUUCAUAUUGCAACACAGCGUGCGCACCAAUAAACUUAAAAGAUGGAAAUUGAUAAGCAUGUUUUUAAAAUGUAUAAUGUGAUUCAUGCCUGCAGUGAAAAAAACUUUUUGAAGUGAAAUGAGUUCAAUAAAAAUAAACAUGUCAGCAGUUUUUUAGCACACCACCUCAAACUUAUUGAUAAAUGUUGAAUUGCAAACUAUUUAAGGUGAUUAUAAUGUAACAAAUUGAAAUGAACCAAUACUUUUGCUGAAUUGCCAUGAUCAUAUCUCUUAUAUGUGAAGUAUAUAUACAUAUUUGAAUUACAUUUUUAAACAACUUGAAAAAUAUAUCUUUAACAGGAAAGGGCAUUGGCAAAAGAAUCUUUUUAAAGAUACAUACAAAGUCAAUUUUUUGUCACAAAAACCAACCAAAUGCCAGCAUAUAGUUUCA